AUGGCUCCCGCAACUCUUGAGAGUGCCUUCUCGAAGGACUCUACGUCCACCGCUAUCAUCGUCCCUGGCAAACCUGCUCUGACCGUCUCCUACCAGAAGCUUUCAUCCGACGUGAAGACUUUCCAGCAGAAGCUCGCACAUGUUGGCAUUUCCGCGGAAGCAGCAGUGUCCAUUGCUCUGCCGAACACGUACGAAUUCAUCGUAUCCUUCAUUGCCGCCUCGUGGCAGCGCGCCAUUGCCGCGCCGUUGAACCCCGCAUACAAACAGUCUGAGUUUGAGUUUUACAUCGAUGACUUGAGUUCGGCCAUCGCCCUUGUGCCGAAAGGCGCAUUCGCUCAGGAUGCGGCGGCGGUACGUGCCGCGCGCAGAUACAAUGCGGCCAUUGCUGAGUGCUACUACAACGGCCAUGAGGUGGUCUUGGAUAUCAAGGAGAUGGGCAAGCUGGCUGGAAAGCGCGCCUUGGUCGAGACUGCACAGCCAGAUGACGUUGCCCUUGUGCUGCACACCUCUGGCACUACGGGCCGUCCCAAGGCGGUGCCACUGACUCACCGAAACUUGUUGCGCACCAUGAAGAACAUCCAGGCGACAUACCAGCUUACGCCCAAGGACCGAACCAUGCUGGUCAUGCCAUUGUUCCACGUUCACGGCCUGCUCGCCGGUUUCCUUGCGCCACUAGCAUCCGGUGGAUCAGUUGUUGUGCCUCCGAAGUUCUCUGCUUCCGACUUUUGGAAAGACUUUGUCGAGCACCAGGCCAACUGGUACACGGCUGUUCCUACGAUCCACCAGAUCCUACUCAGGAACAAGGCUCCCAGCCCGUUGCCGAGGAUCAGGUUCAUUCGCUCAUGCUCCUCACCUCUGUCACCCAAGGUUUUCCAUGAGCUUGAGAAGACAUUCGGCGCUCCUGUUCUCGAAGCAUACGCGAUGACCGAGGCCGCUCAUCAAAUGACUAGUAACCCACUGCCGCCUGGCAAGCGACAACCCGGUAGCGUGGGUGUGGGCCAAGGCGUCGAGAUCGUCAUCUUGGAUGAUGCCGGGUACGAGGUAGCCCAGGGCAAGGAGGCUGAGAUCUGCAUUCGAGGCGAGAAUGUGACCAAAGGCUACCUCAACAACCCGGCAGCGAACGCAUCUUCCUUCACCAAGGAUGGCUUCUUCCGCACCGGCGACCAGGGCAAGAAGGACCCUGAUGGCUAUGUAAUCAUCACUGGCCGCAUCAAGGAGCUCAUCAACAAAGGCGGAGAAAAGAUUAGCCCAAUCGAGCUUGAUAACGUCAUCGCUCAAAAUUCAGCUGUUUCGGAGGCUGUCAGCUUUGCUCUAGAAGACGAGAUUUAUGGGCAAGAUGUCGGCCUAGCUGUCGUCGUGAAAGAAGGGCAGAAGCUGAACGCUAGCGAGCUGAAGACUUGGAUGGCAGAGCGCGUCGCCAAAUUCAAGCUCCCGAAGAAGAUCUUCUUCACCGAUAUUAUGCCCAAGACCGCCACGGGCAAAAUCCAGCGCAGGCUUGUUGCCGAGGCCAUGCUGAAGAAAGAGAAGUUCAGUGCUAAGCUUUAG